AUGCAUUGCCGGGUUGAGGACUCGAGCUUGUUGAUUUUCAUUCGUAACCAGAGUACAGGUCGAAUGGUUCCGGAUCUUGCGUGUCUGUCUGUCAUUGAACCAAACCAAAGCUGUAAACGGUUCCUGGAGCUUAAAUAUGAACUCGUUCUGUCAAAUGGAAAUUUUUGCCUUGUGGAAUGCAGCGCUUGUUGGGGCAAUCAAAACGUUCUAUCCCCGCGCCGCAAAUUGCCACCUCUAGCCUUAUCGAAGCGCACUUAUAAAUUCUCCCCGCGUGGUCGUUUUGAAUCAGACUCAUGGCCAUCUUCUCGUGUUGAGAGCUUAAUUGCUUCACCAUCCCAAACAUCCAAGGUUCGCGGGGGUCUUUCUGAUCAUGGCCCUGUUGCAAUCGAGUGUAUGGCACCCACCGAGUCAUCGAUGUAUAAUAACAACUUACCACCGACCCCCCACUCAGCAAAGCCCAAAGUGUGGGGUAGAUUGAAUCUCCUCAUCUCCUACAUAAACACCCUGGACUACCAUGCCUAG